UUCUUCUUCUCCCUCCCUCCCCCUGCCGCGGCGGUGGUGUGAGCGGUUCGCCUACCACUCACUUCUCACGCUCUAGCGCACACAGUUCCGCUCGAUCUCUGGCCGUAUAUAACACGCCGGGGAUUCCUUAACCCUCCCUCACGCCUCCGUCCGUCCGGACCCCGGAUCCACCGCCGCCGCCGCCGCACUCUCCAGUCUCCACCCCCAAAGCCCCGCCUAGAUCUUCCGCGCCGGCCUGCCCAAAAUGGCGCCUUGGUCGCCGCGGCCCCUGCUGGCGCUGCUCCUGCUGCUCGUGCUCCUCUGCUCCCACAUUGCGCUCUGCGCCUCCGCCGAGCCGGGGAAGCCCAAGGCCAAGCCCAAGGCCACCGGCGGCCGGAAGGCGCUGCUGGCGGCGUCCUCCGCGGGUGACGACGGGGAGGACGCGCCGGCGGCCAAGCCGGCCAAGAGCGCCCCCGCGGCCAAGAUCAAGAAGAAGCUCGCCGGCGACGCCAAGAACCAGACCAAUGUCGCCAAGGCCAAGAAGUCGGAGUCGGCCGCCGCGGCGAAAGGGGCCGCCAAGAAGGCCGCCGGAAAGGCGGCUGCGGGCGGGGACGCCUCCAUUGCCAAGGUCCCCAAGGCGGACAAGGCCAAGGUCCCGAAGCCGGACAAGGCGGCUGCGGGCGGGGACGCCUCCAUUGCCAAGGUCCCCCAGGCGGACAAGGCCAAGGUCCCGAAGCCGGACAAGGCGGCGGCCGCCAAGGCCAAGGGCGCCGAUUCGGCCAAGCCGGCCAAGGUUAAGGGCGCCGAUUCGGCCAAGCCGGCCAAGGUUAAGGGCGACGAUUCGGCCAAGCCGGUCAAGGUUAAGGGCGACGAUUCGGCCAAGCCUGCCAAGGCUGCGAAGCCGGGGAAGACGGCGAAAUCUGAGGCCGCGGUGGGGAAGGCCAAGAAGCCGGCCAAUUCGACCGCGGACGCCGGUGCCAAGCCGGCCAAGUCCGGCAAGAAGGCGCCGGUGGUAGCCGACGCGAAGGCGAACGCGACCGCCGUGAGCAAGGAGGAGGAGGCGGCGGCGGCGGGGGCGGAGGUGGAGGAGGACGUGGUGUUCGCGGAGGAGGCGGAGGGGACGGGCGACCUCAUCUCCGAGUUCCGGGGCCUCCCCGCGCGGCUGCAGGAGACGCUCAUGCCGGACCUGGCGCGCCUGUCGCACCACUCCAAGGCGUACCUGUCCGCGGCGAACGCCGGGAUCGCCGACGGCGUGCGCCCGAUCCUGGGCGGCCGGUGGGCGGCGGCCGCCGCCUCCGCGGCGUCGGUGCUGGUGCUCCUGCUGCCGCUCUUCAUGCUCACCGCGCUGGUCCGGCGCAUGGGCCCGUACCUGCCGCUCCUCCACCGCGCCCUUCUCCUCGCGCAGGCGUACCUCGCCAUCUACUUCGCGACGCUGGCGCUCGCCGCGGCCGCCACGGGCCUGGAGCCGCUCCGGUUCUUCCACGCGGCGUCCCCGGCCGCGUACGCCUGGACGCAGGCCGCGCAGUCGCUGGGGUUCAUGGCCUACCUCGUGCUCCAGAUGGUGGACCUCGUGGCGGUGUUCUCCGGCGCGGCGUCCCCCGAGGAGGACGGCGGCGGGGACGCCACCAAGGCGUUGGGCCUCGCGCAGAUGGUGGUGGGGCUGGCCGUGGGCCUGCACUACUACGCCGCGGUCUUCCACCGCGCCGCGGCGGGGGAGGCGCCCCGCGCCAACUGGCGCGUGUACGCGGUGUACGCGGCGUGCUUCGUGGUCGUGUGCGCCUGCGCGCGCGCCGAGAGGAGGAAGAAGGCCUACCUCGCCGGCACCGACGGCGCCGCCGAGGAGUGGAAGAAGAGCUGAGCAUACUAGCAGAGCGAGCGAGGGAGGCACGGUAACAACAGAGAUUCGAGAUUUCAGAGGACGGGGCCUGUGUGAAAAAAGGAAAGACAAUAUGGCGGAAACCAAAGGGCGCGAGUGUAAGAAAGAAUGGCCAGAAUUUAACAAGGAGGAAAAAGGAGGGUACAAAAAGGAAAAGAAGAAGGGUGGAAGCUGUGAUUUUCCUUUUUUUCCGUUUUCCACAUUUAUUAUUUAUGUCUCGCCCCUUUUCUUUUUAAAUUAUUGGCUUGGGUACAGAAGGAUAAAACUUGAUAAUUGGGGAGAAUAAGGAUGCUACCACAGUACCACUAGAAUCCUUUUACUAAUGCGUAAGGAAUUACGUUGCCCGGUUGGGAAAAUCCCCCGUGGCGACUAACCGAUGUCGAAUUUUGGAUGUGUGAUUUUUGGUGGUGUUUGUUUUGUUCAUAUAUAUGUGAAAUGCCUCGUUGUGUUCGAGUA